GGCUUCUUCAUCACACUUGCGGCACUACCUGUGUCGCUUGCAAUCUACAAGUUCACCGCGCAAGGCACGAGUGAUCAGCCCUACUUUACGCGACUCAUCAAAGACACUUAUGCCGAGUAUGCUAUCAAAUGGGCACGACGGAACGACAUUCACACGCAAGCCAUGCAGCAGGCAGCUGCAGACCGUGUCCUAUUCCUGAACGAGCCGAACCAGCAAGUCAAGACUGUUGACCUGCGAUUUCCCGAGCUCGUGAAUGCGGGAUCACCAUACAAUGUGCCUGCUGGCCGCGGAAGCGCCAAUCUGGACGAGCUGAUUGCCAAGUACGAGAAAGAGGCGAGAGAUGAGAAUGAGAAGAAGCUGGAGCAGCUGAAGAAUAACACAGUGCCUGUCGAGCAGCCGGUGGUACAAUUUAGACGGGUGGACCCAGCAGUCACCACGACACCGGCCAGCUGA